GUUGUUCCGUACCCUGGUUAUUCUCUUGUCAACUGCUUGUCAACUUUGUUCUGCUCUGCUCAGCACUUUGUUGAAAAAAACAAAACGAAAAAUCGAAAUCAGUGAAUAAAAAAGAUAAAAAAUGGAGGAGACGGAAGUUUUUCCCAAAUUAGAUAAGAAAACAAUCGAAAAAUUACUGCCGGAAGAUGUGGUAAAAACUGGCGAAACUGUGGGGCACAUCAGUGUUCUUAAAUUAGGUGUGAAUCCACCUUAUUAUGAGGAAGUCGUAAUUAGCGACGUGAAUUCGCCAUCCUUCUUCUGGAUACAUUUAAGAAGUAAACUACUAAAUUUUGAAAAAUUUUCCAAAAAUCUACAUCAAUUUUAUGAGACUGAAAGCAAAAAGUAUCGAAUACCUUCGAUUGCGUUGGAAGUUGGUCUAAACGUUGCGGUCAAAUUCAGCAAUAAAUGGCAUCGAGGCGUAAUAAAAGGGAUCCUGCCGGACGGGCAUUCGUAUGUAUUUUUCUACGAUUACGGUACUGUGGACAACUAUUAUCCUAAUGAAUUGUAUUUCCUCCAUCGGCAAUUUAUAAACUUACCGGCGCAAGCGAUACUUUGCUCCCUAAGUAAUGUGAAACCGGUUCACAAAGAGUGGAAAAAAAAUAUCGUUGAAAAGUUUAUAUUAAAAAUAUCAUCGACCCCACUUUGUGCAGAAAUCAUCACUAAAAAUGUGGAGGAAAAUUCGAUCUCAGUUGAGCUUGUAGACACGAGAGGAGAAGAAGAUAUAAACAUUAAUAAUUGGAUCUUGGAGCAAGAGUUCGUUACGAAAGGAAACUUGCCCACACAUAGUGAUAGGAAUUUUUCACUUCUCUAUUUUAAAAAAUGUCUGGCAAAAAUCGGUAAAAAUCCCUCAAUAAUUUACAACUUAAAUUUUAAUCUAGAAGCACCGGUGAUACAAUCUUCAGCGGAUUUUAAAUACUCAGAGGUUAAUGAAAUUUCUCCACCGAUUAAAAAUUCGACAACUAAUGAAAAUCAAGUCUUUUUGGAUUAUGAAGAAUCCUAUGAAGCUGUUUAUAAAAGAAAUCAAAUUAAAGCGCAAAAUUUGGCAAAAUCCUUAAUGACGUCUUAUCUUCUUCCACGUGCUUGUCCGCCUCCGAGUAAAACUAAUUUUCAAACCUCUUUUAAACCGAGUAAUAAUAAAAAUACAAAUUCUGAAAAUAAAACGAAAGUCAAAACUUCCAUUGAAGAUAUUAAUGAUAAUUUCGAAUUCGUCAAAUUUAGUGAAGUCCACAAAAAAGAGACUCUAAAACCAAAACCAAGUGUAGAAAUUUUAAAUCUUCCUGAUUGUAAAAAUGUCGAAUUAGAUAAAAUCGGUAAAGUUGUCGAAGAAGUGAAUUCAAAACAUGGGGAGAAAAUAUUUGAAUCUGAUCAAAUCAGUCAAGUUUUCGAAGAACUAAAUAAAAAACCCAUUGAGGAAAUAUUUUCCAGUGAAGAUUCAUCUGUUGUCAGUUGUGAUUUGCCACAAUUUCUUAAACGAACGAUGACAUUAAUGGGCAAAAGGGAGGAGAGAAGAACGCAAGAGAAUUUGCGAAAGACUCUCGAAUUUAUAGAUAAAGAAGAUUCACCGGAACGCGAUGGAAUAUUAGAAAUACUCAAUCUCUAAAAACUUAAUUAUAUGUUUAUUGACAAGACGUAUUUUCUUAAAAUUUUUUUUACAUUUAUAAAAUUUAUUUUUAUAUUUCGAUUUAUAAUUUGAAUUGUAAGAGAAGAAAAUAUUUUUAUUUUCGAUAAUUUAUGUUACAGUUAAAAUGUCAGAUUGCAAAGAUGCAAAGAUUAAUAAAAAUUUGUACUUAUUAAA